CGAGCCCCUGGCAGCGGCCAGAGAACCGAGCGCCGAGCGCCUCUCCUCCCGGCCCCAGUCCUGGUGUGUGCUCUGCGCCGGGCGGCUACUGCAGUGGCAGCGAGCGUCAGCGGCUGGGCGCUGGACUCCCUCUUUCCAUGGAGCGCCUCUAGAAGCCAGACAACGGGGAAGCUCUCGGCGGAGUUGCUGAUUUGCUGGAGGAGGAAAGGGCUGCACAUUUAGGUCACUUGAAAUCAGAAAGCUGUUACUGCAUAUCAGGAACAUGGGGCACUGAUGUAGAAGCUAACCUCUGGUCUCCUAAUUAUUUUUGAGGGAUGAAAGAAUGAUGUGAUGGAUAUAACUAUGGGCUGCUGUACGGGCACAGGACCUCCUCCCUCCUGCCUUGUACUCCUGCUUCUCAAGCUUUUGGCCAGUGUUUCCCAGGGUCUCCCAGGGACAGGACCUCUGGGCUUCCACUUUACACAUUCCAUUUAUAAUGCUACAGUGUAUGAGAACUCAGCAGCAAGGACCUAUGUCAACAGCCAGAGCAGAAUGGGUAUCAUCUUGUCAGAUCUUUCUUGGGACAUCAAAUACAGAAUAGUGUCUGGGGAUGAAGAAGGCUUCUUCAAAGCAGAGGAAGUCAUCAUUGCAGACUUCUGUUUCCUAAGAAUAAGAACUAAAGGUGGCAAUUCUGCCAUACUGAAUAGAGAAAUACAGGACAAUUAUUUAUUGAUUGUAAAAGGUUCUGUCAGAGGAGAGGAUCUAGAAGCAUGGACCAAAGUGAAUAUACAGGUUUUGGAUAUGAAUGAUUUGAGACCUUUGUUUUCACCAACAACGUACUCUGUUACAAUAGCAGAAAGCACACCUUUAAGGACUAGCAUCGCCCAGGUAACAGCAACCGAUGCUGACAUUGGUUCUAAUGGUGAAUUCUACUAUUACUUUAAAAGCAAAGUUGACCUCUUUUCUGUUCACCCUACAAGUGGUGUAAUCUCUCUUAGUGGGAGGUUAAAUUAUGAUGAGAAGAACAGGUAUGACCUUGAAGUUUUGGCAGUGGACCGGGGGAUGAAACUUUAUGGUAAUAAUGGUGUCAGCAGCACAGCAAAGCUUUAUGUUCAUAUUGAACGGAUCAAUGAACAUGCGCCAACUAUCAGUGUGGUCACACACGUCCCCUUCCCAUUGGACAAGGAGCCCACAUAUGCAGUAGUUAAUGUUGAUGACCUAGAUGAGGGUGCAAAUGGAGAGAUUGAAUCAAUUUCUAUUGUGGCUGGAGAUCCUCUGGAACAGUUUCUCCUGGUAAAGGAAGGGAAAUGGAUUAAUGAGUACAAAAUUAAGGAGAAGAAGCCCAUUGACUGGGGGGGCUUUCCCUAUGGCUACAAUCUCACUCUUCAAGCAAAGGACAAGGGUUCUCCUCAGAAGUUUUCAGCAGUAAAAGUCGUCCAUAUUGCCAAUCCCCAGAGAGAUAAUAUCCCAAUCAGAUUCGAGAAGGAAACCUACAAUGUCACCAUUAGUGAAUUUUCACCUCCUGGAGUUGUGGUUGCCAUUGUUAAACUGAGCCCGGAGCCACCAGGGGUGGAAUAUAGAAUAUCUCCUGGUGAGGAUGCAGAGUAUUUUAAGAUUAAUCCAAGGUCUGGUCUGAUAGUCACAUCGCAGCCCCUGGAUGUCAUCAAGAAAGAAGUUUAUGAGCUAGGGGUAUCAAACAAAGAAGGUGAUUUGAAAGCACAAGUCACCAUCAGCUUAGAAGAUGCCAAUGAUCAUACUCCUGAAUUCCAGCAGCCAUCUUAUGAAGCUUUUGUUAAUGAGAGUGUGCCUGUGGGUACCAGCGUGUUGGCAGUUUCUGCUUCUGAUAGGGAUAAGGGAGAGAAUGGGUAUAUCACAUAUAGUAUUGCCAGCCUCAGUGCAUUACCAUUUUCCAUUAACCAGUUUACAGGUAUCAUUCGUACAACUGAGGAACUGGAUUUUGAAUCUUCUCCAGAAAAUUACAGGUUCAUUGUGAGGGCCUCUGAUUGGGGUUCACCUUAUCGACAUGAAAGUGAGGUCAAUGUGACCAUUCGCAUAGGAAAUGUCAAUGACAACAGUCCCUUGUUUGAAAAAGUGGCCUGCCAGGGAGUCAUUUCUUAUGACUUCCCUGUUGGUGGACACAUUACUGCUGUGUCAGCAAUAGAUAUUGAUGAACUGGAACUAGUAAAAUACAAAAUCAUCUCUGGAAAUGAACUUGGGUUUUUUUAUUUAAAUCCUGACUCAGGUGUCUUACAACUUAAAAAGUCCUUGAUUAACUCUGGUGUAAAGAAUGGUAACUUCGGUCUCAGGAUCACAGCCACUGAUGGGGAGAAUUUUGCAGAUGCCAUGUUUGUUAACAUUUCUGUCUUACAGGGAAAGGUAUCUUCUAAAAGCUUCAGCUGUAGAGAAACUCGAGUGGCACAAAAGCUAGCAGAGAAGCUCCUCAUCAAAGCAAAAGCCAAUGGGAAGCUGAAUUCAGAAGAUGGGUUUCUUGACUUUUAUUCUGUUAAUAGGCAGGGACCCCAUUUUGAUAAAUCCUUUCCUUCUGACAUCGCUGUCAAGGAGGACCUGCCAGUUGGUGCUAACAUAUUGAAAAUAAAAGCCUUUGACGCAGACUCUGGCUUCAAUGGGAAGGUGGUUUUCACAAUUUCUGAUGGUAAUACAGACAGUUGCUUCAACAUUGACAUGGAAACAGGUCAGCUUAAAGUUCUGAUGCCAAUGGACCGAGAACAAACAGACCUCUACCUUCUUAACAUUACAAUUUAUGACUUAGGGAAACCCCAGAAAUCCUCAUGGAGGUUACUGACCAUUAAUGUGGAGGAUGCCAAUGACAACAGGCCCAUUUUCCUGCAGGAGAGUUAUUCUGUUAAUAUUUUAGAAAGUUCGAGUAUUGGUACUGAGAUUAUUCAAGUGGAAGCCCGGGAUAAAGACUUGGGACCUAAUGGUGAAGUGACUUACUCAGUAUUAACAGAUGCACAGCAAUUUUCCAUCAACAGUUCAACUGGGAUAGUUUAUGUAGCUGAUCAGCUAGACCGGGAAUCCAAAGCAAACUAUUCUUUAAAAAUAGAGGCCAGGGACAAAUCUGAGAGUGGCCAGCAGCAAUUUUCUGUGGUUACUCUUAAGGUUUUCUUGGAUGAUGUCAACGAUUGCUCCCCUACUUUUAUACCAACUAGCUACAGUGUGAAGGUCCUUGAAGAUCUUCCAGUUGGCACAGUCAUUGCAUGGUUGGAAACCCAUGAUCCAGACCUUGGCUUGGGAGGUCAAGUGCGUUACUCAUUGGUGAAUGACUAUAAUGGGAGAUUUGAAAUCGAUAAAGCCAGUGGUGCCAUUCGUUUGAGCAAGGAGCUUGAUUAUGAGAAGCAGCAGUUCUACAACCUCACUGUCCGUGCAAAAGACAAAGGGCGCCCUGUAUCUCUGUCAUCUAUUUCCUUUGUGGAGGUAGAAGUGGUAGAUGUCAAUGAAAACCUUCAUACUCCCUAUUUCCCAGACUUUGCUGUUGUUGGAUCUGUAAAGGAAAACUCCCGUAUUGGAACAAGUGUAUUACAGGUGACCGCAAGAGAUGAGGAUUCUGGAAGAGAUGGGGAGAUCCAGUAUUCUAUCAGAGAUGGCAGCGGUCUCGGGAGGUUUAACAUAGAUGACGAAAGUGGGGUCAUCUAUACUGCAGACAUUCUUGAUCGAGAAACAACUGGGUCAUACUGGCUGACUGUGUAUGCCACUGAUAGAGGUGUGGUCCCACUUUAUUCUACUAUUGAGGUCUACAUUGAGAUUGAAGAUGUAAAUGACAAUGCUCCUUUGACCUCAGAGCCAAUUUACUAUCCUGUGGUAAUGGAAAACUCUCCUAAGGAUGUAUCCGUCAUUCAGAUCCAGGCUGAGGAUCCAGAUUCCAGCUCCAAUGAGAAGCUAACCUACAGGAUUACAAGUGGAAAUCCUCAGAACUUCUUUGUAAUAAACAUUAAAACUGGUCUGAUUACAACCACUUCAAGGAAAUUGGAUCGAGAACAGCAGGCAGAACAUUUUCUGGAGGUGACUGUGACUGAUGGUGGUUCUUCUCCAAAGCAGUCGACAGUUUGGGUUGUGGUCCAGGUUCUGGAUGAAAAUGACAAUAAGCCUCAGUUUCCAGAGAAAGUCUAUCAAAUCAAGCUGCCAGAGCGGGACCGAAAGAAAAGAGGAGAACCGAUAUACAGGGCUUUCGCAUUCGAUAAAGAUGAAGGUCCCAAUGCAGAAAUAUCCUACAGCAUCGUGGAUGGAAAUGAUGAUGGGAAAUUCUUUAUCGACCCUAAAACUGGCAUGGUCUCUUCCAGGAAGCAGUUUACGGCAGGGAGUUAUGACAUCCUCACAAUCAAAGCAGUAGACAAUGGACGUCCUCAGAAGUCCUCCACAGCCCGCCUCCACAUCGAAUGGAUUAAAAAACCGCCUCCUUCCCCUGUGCCUCUGACCUUUGAUGAGCCAUUCUAUAACUUUACUGUCAUGGAAAGUGAUAGAGUGACAGAAAUUGUGGGUGUGGUGUCUGUGCAACCGGCCAAUAUACCUCUGUGGUUUGAUGUAGUUGGGGGGAAUUUUGACAGCUCUUUCGACGCAGAGAAAGGUGUUGGGACAAUUGUCAUUGCAAAACCUCUGGAUGCAGAGCAGAGGUCCAUCUAUAAUAUGACUGUGGAAGUCACCGAUGGAACAAAUGUGGCUGUCACUCAGGUAUUUAUCAAAGUGCUGGAUAACAAUGAUAAUGGCCCCGAGUUCUCUCAACCAAGUUAUGAUGUCACGAUUUCUGAGGAUGUACUGCCGGACACUGAGAUCUUACAGAUUGAGGCAACAGACAGAGAUGAAAAACACAAACUAAGUUACACUAUCCACAGCAGUAUCGACUCAGUAAGCAUGAGGAAAUUCCGGAUUGAUGCCAGUUCUGGGGUUCUGUACAUUGCUGAGAGGCUAGACCAUGAGGCCCAGGACAAGCACAUUCUUAAUAUAAUGGUCAGAGAUCAGGAGUUUCCUUAUCGGAGAAACUUGGCCCGAGUCAUUGUGAAUGUAGAAGAUGCCAAUGAUCAUAGCCCCUAUUUCACCAGCCCACUGUAUGAAGCAUCCGUAUUUGAGUCUGCAGCUUUGGGAUCGGCUGUUCUGCAGGUGACUGCUCUGGAUAAAGACCGGGGGGAAAAUGCAGAGCUCCUGUACACCAUAGAAGCAGGGAACACUGGAAACACCUUUAAGAUUGAGCCCAUCUUGGGCAUCAUUACCGUAUCAAAAGAACCAGAUAUGACAACAAUGGGACAGUUUGUUUUGUCCAUAAAAGUCACGGAUCAGGGCUCUCCACCAAUGUCCGCUACUGCCAUUGUUCGAAUCUCUGUCACCAUGUCAGAUAAUUCUCACCCCAAGUUCACUCAGAAAGAGUACCAAGCAGAAGUGAAUGAAAACGUCGACAUUGGGACAUCAGUCAUUUUAAUCUCUGCCAUCAGUCAAUCUACACUAAUUUAUGAAAUCAAAGAUGGAAAUAUGGAAGGGGUCUUCACCGUAAACCCGUAUUCUGGUGUGAUAACCAACCAAAAGGCCCUUGAUUAUGAACGCAUUUCCUCUUAUCAACUCAUCAUCCAAGCCACCAACAUGGCAGGAAUGGCAUCCAAUGCCACAGUUAAUAUUCAGAUUGUAGAUGAAAAUGACAACCCCCCCGUUUUCCUUUUCUCUCAGUACUCGGGCAGCCUCAGUGAGGUUGCCCCAGUAAACAGCAUUGUCCGUAGCUCAGGUAACAAUCCAUUGGUGAUUCGAGCCGCAGAUGCUGAUAGUAAUCAGAACGCUUUGCUAGUUUAUCAAAUUGUUGAGUCCACUGCCAAGAAGUUUUUCACCGUGGACUCUAGCACUGGCGCCAUAAGAACGAUCGCCAGCUUGGAUCAUGAAACCAUCGCACAUUUCCAUUUCCAUGUUCACGUGAGAGACAGUGGUAAUCCCCAGCUGACUGCAGAGAGCCCAGCCGAGGUCAAUAUCGAGGUGACGGACGUGAAUGAUAACCCUCCAGUUUUCACUCAGGCAGUGUUUGAGACAGUCUUACUUCUACCCACUUAUAUUGGGGUGGAGAUUCUGAAAGUCCAAGCAACAGAUCCAGACUCAGAAGUGCCAACUGAACUAACAUACAGCCUGAUGGAAGGCAGCUUGGACCAUUUUUUAAUCGAUUCUAAUAGUGGGGUGCUCUCCAUAAAAAACAGCAGCCUUUCCAAAGAUCAUUAUAUGCUCAUAGUUAGAGUUUCAGAUGGUAAGUUUUAUGGUACUGCUAUGGUCACCAUCAUGGUGAAAGAGGCCAUGGACAGUGGUCUCCAUUUCACACAGAGUUUUUACUUUGCUUCAAUCUCAGAGAACAGCACCAACAUCACCAAAGUAGCCAUUGUCAAUGCCAUUGGAAAUCGCCUUAAUGAACCUUUAAAAUAUAGCAUACUGAAUCCAGGAAACAAAUUCAGAAUUAAAUCUACCUCCGGGGUCAUCCAGACAACUGGUGUCCCCUUUGACCGUGAAGAACAAGAGUUGUACGAGUUGGUGGUAGAAGCCAGUCGUGAGUUAGAUCAUCUCCGUGUGGCCAGGGUGGUCGUCAGAGUAAACAUUGAAGAUAUCAAUGACAACUCUCCAGUUUUUGUAGGGCUCCCUUACUAUGCUGCUGUGCAGGUCGAUGCUGAACCUGGGACUCUCAUCUACCGGGUGAAUGCUCUUGACAGAGACAAAGGUGCCAACGGCGAAGUGACCUACACCCUCCAAGAGGACUAUGGCCACUUUGAAAUUAACCCAGAAUCAGGGAGUGUUUUUUUAAAAGAAGCAUUCAAUUCUGACUUAUCUAACAUUGAAUAUGGAGUUAUCAUCCUAGCCAAAGAUGGCGGAAAGCCUGCAUUGUCUGCCUCUGUGGAGCUUCCCAUCACUAUCGUCAACAAAGCAAUGCCUGUAUUUGAUAAGCCUUUUUACACGACUUCUGUCAAUGAGGAUGUAGAAAUGCAUACUCCCAUCCUUAGCAUCAAUGCAACCAGCCCAGAAGGGCAAGGAAUCAUUUACAUCAUUGUUGAUGGGGAUCCAUACAACCAGUUCAACAUUGACUUUGACACUGGAGUUCUAAAUGUCAUUAGCCCACUGGACUAUGAAGUAACACCUGUUUUUAAAUUGACAGUGAGAGCCAGUGAUGCUCUCACUGGUGCAAGGGCUGAGGUCACUGUUGAUUUGCUAGUUAAUGAUGUAAAUGAUAAUCCCCCCAUUUUUGAUCAACCCACCUACAAUGCAACUUUAUCUGAGGCCUCUCUCAUUGGGACCCCUGUUUUGCAAGUGGUAGCUUCUGAUGCUGAUUCAGAAAAUAAUAAAGUUGUACAAUAUCAGAUUGUCCAGGAUACCUAUAAUAGUACUGAUUAUUUUCACAUAGAUAGCACUAGUGGCUUAAUCUUGACAGCCCGUAUGUUAGAUCAUGAAUCAGUACAACAAUCCACUUUAAAAGUCAGGGCAACAGAUAAUGGAUUCCCACCAAUGAGCAGCGAGGUACUUGUUAAUAUUUAUGUGACUGACAUGAAUGACAACCCUCCAGUUUUUAACCAGCUGAUUUAUGAAUCCUAUGUCAGUGAAUUAGCCCCACGGGGCCAUUUCGUGACCUGUGUCCAAGCCUCUGAUGCUGACAGCUCUGAUUUUGACAGGUUAGAAUACAGCAUUUUAUCUGGGAACGACCGCACAAGUUUUCUGAUGGACAGCAGGAGCGGUGUCAUCACCCUGUCGAACCACCGGAAACAGAGAAUGGAGCCUCUUUAUAGCCUGAAUGUAUCUGUCUCUGAUGGAUUAUUCACCAGCACGGCACAGGUGCACAUCAGGAUACUUGGUGCUAACUUAUAUAGUCCAGCCUUUUCACAAAGCACCUAUGUUGCCGAAGUGAGAGAGAAUGCUGCUCCAGGGACAAAGGUAAUUCAUGUCAGAGCAACAGAUGGGGAUCCAGGAACAUAUGGACAAAUCAGCUAUGCUAUCAUCAAUGACUUUGCUAAGGACCGAUUCUUGAUAGACAACAAUGGACAAGUGAUAACAACAGAAAGGCUGGACCGGGAAAGCCCAAUGGAAGGGGACAUUAGUAUUUUUCUGAGGGCCCUGGAUGGUGGAGGGAGGACAACUUUCUGUACCGUAAGGGUGAUUGUUGUGGAUGAAAAUGAUAAUGCUCCCCAAUUUUUGAUGGUAGAAUAUAGAGCUAGUGUCAGAGCUGAUGUUGGAAGAGGUCACUUGGUAACCCAGGUUCAAGCCAUUGAUCCUGAUGAUGGAGUGAAUUCAAGGAUAACUUAUUCACUGUAUAGUGAAGCCUCUGUCUCAGUAGCAGAUCUUCUUGAAAUUGACCCCGACAAUGGCUGGAUGGUCACAAAGAGUAAUUUUAACCAGUUGAAAAACACUGUCUUGUCAUUUUUUGUCAAAGCAGUUGAUGGUGGUAUUCCAGUAAAGCACUCCCUCAUUCCAGUCUAUAUUCAUGUCUUGCCUCCUGAAAUACUCUUACCCUCCUUUACCCAGCCCCAGUAUUCCUUCACUAUUCCAGAAGAUACUGUCAUUGGAAGCACAGUGGAAUCGCUCAGGAUUUUGCCAAGUCAGAACGUUGUAUUUAGCACAGUUAAUGGUGAACGGCCUGAAAAUAACAAAGGUGGGGUCUUUAUCAUAGAGCGGGACACUGGUACCAUCAAACUGGACAAGAGACUUGACCGUGAAAUGACCCCUGCUUUUCACUUUAAGGUUGCAGCCACCAUCCCCUUGGACAAGGUGGAUAUUGUGUUUACCGUUGACAUAGAAAUCAAGGUACUAGAUCUAAAUGAUAAUAAACCAUUCUUUGAUUCUUCAAGCUAUGAAGCCAUCAUAAUGGAGGGAAUGCCUGUGGGCACCAGACUCAUUCAAGUGAAGGCUAUUGAUAGAGAUUGGGGCGCCAAUGGACAGGUCACUUACACCCUCCACUCUGAUUCCAAUCCAGAGAAGGUAAUGGAAGCGUUCAGCAUUGACAGUAACACAGGCUGGAUCAGCACCCUGAAAGACCUGGACCAUGAGAGAGAUCCCACAUUCACUUUCUCUGUGGUAGCCUCGGACCUUGGAGAAGCUUUCUCUCUCUCUUCCACAAUCUUGGUCUCUGUCACAGUGACUGAUAUAAAUGACAAUGCACCUGUCUUUGGGCAUGAGGUAUACCGAGAGCAUGUGAAGGAGAGUGACCCCCCAGGUGAAGUUGUAGCAGUACUCAGCACAUGGGAUGAAGACACAUCUGACGUUAAUCGGCAAGUGAGCUAUCAUAUCACAGGAGGGAAUCCCAGAGGAAGAUUCGCCCUGGGCCUGGUGCAGAAUGAAUGGAAAGUUUAUGUAAAACGACCUCUUGAUCGAGAGGAACAAGAUGUUUAUUUCCUGAACAUCACUGCCACAGAUGGGCUUUUUGUCACUCAGGCUAUGGUGGAAGUCACUGUCACUGAUGUGAAUGACAACAGUCCAGUGUGUGACCAGGUUGCAUACUCAGCUUUGUUUCCAGAAGACAUUCCAUCAAAUAAAAUCAUCCUUAAGAUCAGUGCCAAGGAUGCUGACAUUGGCCCCAAUGGAGACAUUAGAUACUCACUCUACGGCUCUGGAAACAACAAAUUUUACUUAGAUCCAGAAAGUGGUGAGUUAAAAACCCUGGCCCUUUUGGACCGAGAGAAAAUCCCUGUAUACAACCUGAUUGCCAGGGCAACGGAUGGGGGUGGCAGGUUCUGCCAGUCAGACAUCCGCCUGAUUCUGGAAGAUGUUAAUGAUAAUCCCCCCAUAUUUUCAUCUGACCAUUACAACACAUGUAUCUAUGAGAAUACAGCCACCAAAGCCUUGUUAACAAGAGUACAAGCCACAGAUCCUGACUUAGGCAUCAACAGAAAAGUUGUUUAUUCUCUAGCCGAUUCAGCAGGAGGGUACUUUUCAGUAGAUAGCUCAUCAGGCAUCAUCAUCUUGGAACAGCCACUGGAUAGAGAGCUACAGUCAUCCUAUAACAUCAGCGUGAAGGCAUCAGACCAGAGCAUUCUAAAGGCUCUGUCUUCCCUGGCCACGGUCACCAUUACCGUUUUGGACAUUAAUGACAACCCUCCUGUGUUUGAAAGAAGGGACUAUCUUGUUACAGUACCAGAGGACACAUCCCCAGGCACAGAAGUCCUUGCAGUUUUUGCCACAAGCAAAGAUAUUGGCACAAAUGCUGAAAUUACUUAUCUCAUCCGGUCUGGGAAUGAACGAGGGAAAUUCAAGAUUAACCCAAAGACAGGAGGGAUUUCUGUCAUUGAGGCCCUGGACUAUGAAAUGUGCAAAGAUUUUUACCUCGUGGUGGAAGCCAAAGAUGGGGGUACCCCCGCCCUCAGUGCUGUGGCCACAGUGAACAUCAACCUUACUGAUGUGAAUGACAAUGCUCCAAAAUUUAACCAGGAGGUCUACAGUGCAGUCAUCAGUGAAGAUGCUUCCAUUGGGGACUCUGUCAUUGUGUUAAUAGCAGAAGAUGUAGAUAGCCCACCCAAUGGGCAGAUUCACUUCUCCAUCGUCAGUGGGGACCGGGACAACGAGUUUGCUGUGGAUCCUGUCUUGGGCCUUGUUAAAGUGAAAAAGAAAUUGGACCGAGAACGGGUGUCUGGAUACUCAUUACUCAUUCAGGCUACGGACAGGGGCAUUCCUGCCAUGUCAUCCACUGUGACAGUCAACAUAGACAUUUCCGAUGUGAAUGCAAUUGGCCCUGUUUUCACACCAGCUAACUAUACUGCUGUAAUUCAGGAAAACAAACCAGUGGGGACAAGCAUUUGGCAGCUGAUGACGGACCGAGAUUCCUUUCACAAUGGGCCCCCCUUUACCUUUACCAUCUUGGCCGGGAAUGAGGAAGAAGAGUUUGUGUUGGACCCUCAUGGGAUCUUAAGAUCAGCAGUAAUCUUUAGGCAUACAGACUCUCCUGAAUACGUGCUUUACAUCCAGGUACUGCAAAAGACUUCGGGCAAACCCCAGCAAGUUUCCUAUUCUUAUGUGCGUGUCCGGGUGAUUGAAGAAAGCAUCCACAAGCCCACUGCCAUCCCCUUGGAGAUCUUUAUUGUCACAAUGGAGGAUGACUUUCCUGGGGGUGUCAUUGGGAAGAUACAUGCUACUGACCAGGACGUAUAUGAUGUACUCACAUAUGCCCUGAAAUCUGAGCAGAGAAGCUUGUUCAAGGACACCCAUGAUGGAAAGAUCAUUGCCCUGGGAGGCCUGGACAGCGGUAAGUAUAUUCUGAACGUUUCCGUGAGUGGCCGCUUCCAGGUGCCCAUUGAUGUCAUCGUCCACGUGGAGCAGCUGGUACAGGAGAUGCUACAGAACACAGUCACCAUCCUUGAAAAUGUGUCCCCUGAGGACUUUGUUGGGCUACACAUGCAUGGUUUCCGAAGGACCCUGAGGAAUGCUGUCCUUUCCCAGAAACAAGAUAGUCUCCACAUCAUCAGUAUCCACUGUGGCUGGCACCAACCACUGGACAUGUUGUUUGCCGUGCAGAUGCACAGUGGCGUCUACAAGCCCGCAUACCUCAUCCAGAAGCUUUCCAAUGCAAGUAGACAUUUGGAGAAUGUGAUUCGAAUCUCAGCCAUCCUGGAAAAGAAUUGCUCUGGACUGGACUGCCAGGAACAACACUGUGAACAAAGCUUGUCCAUAGAUUCACACUCUCUAAUGACCUACAGCACGGCUCGAAUUAGUUUUGUGUGUCUCCGUUUCUACAGGAACGUGCGCUGUACAUAGCAAUGUUCAGGAGGACUCUGUCCAGGGUCAAAUGAUCCUUGCGUGGAGAAGCCCUGCCCUGGGGACAUGCAGUGUGUUGGUUAUGAAGCCAGUAGAAGACCGUUCAUCUGCCAGUGUCCACCAGGAAAACUUGGCGAAUGCUCAGGGCACACUUCUCUCAGCCUUUGCUGGAAACAUGUUACAUCAAAUUACCGGCUUUCUGAAAAUAGCAAGAAAGAAGAAUUUAAGUUGGCUCUGCGUCUGCGAACACUGCAAAGCAAUGGGAUUAUAAUGUACACCAGAGCAAAUCCCUGGCAUAAUUCUGAAGUGGGGCUCAGGAUGCAGCCUUUGCUGACCUUUGCUGGCUCGAAUUCAUCACAGCUCAUUCCCCAAGGCCUAGACCUCGGGCAGAUUGUGGACAGCAAGCUAUGGUUCCAGUUGGACUGCGGCACGGGUCCCGGGAUCUUGGGCAUCUCUGGACGAGCCGUGAAUGACGGGAAUUGGCACUCGGUCUUCUUAGAGCUCAAUCAGAAUUUCACCAGCUUGUCACUGGACGAUAGCUAUGUGGAACGCCGCAAGGCCCCCCUCUACUUCCAGACUCCGGGCACGGAGAGCGCCAUCUACUUCGGCGCCCUGGUCCAGGUGGACAACAUCCGAAGCCUGACGGACAAGAGGGUGACGCAGGUACUGAGCGGCUUCCAGGGCUGCCUGGAUUCCGUGGUCUUGAAUAACAAUGAGCUGCCCCUGCAGAACAAACGCAGCAGCUUCGCCGAGGUGGUGGGCCUCACUGAACUCAAGCUUGGAUGUGUCCUGUACCCGGACGCCUGUGAACGGAAUCCCUGCCAGAACGGAGGGAGCUGUGCGGGCCUGCCAUCUGGCGGCUAUCAAUGUACCUGUCUCUCACAAUUCACUGGAAGGAACUGUGAGUCAGAGAUUACAGCCUGCUUCCCGAAUCCCUGCCGGAAUGGGGGGUCUUGUGACCCAAUAGGAAACACCUUCAUCUGCAACUGUAAAGUUGGGCUUACUGGAGUCACGUGUGAGGAAGACAUCAAUGAAUGCGAUAGAGAAGAAUGUGAGAAUGGGGGUUCCUGCGUCAAUGUGUUCGGCUCUUUCCUCUGUAACUGCACACCAGGUUAUGUGGGACAGUACUGUGGGCUUCGGCCAGUGGUGGUUCCCAACAUCCAAGCUGGCCACUCCUAUGUUGGAAAAGAAGAACUGAUUGGGAUUGCUGUGGUCCUCUUUGUCAUCUUUGUUUUAAUUGUCUUGUUCAUCGUCUUCCGCAAGAAAGUCUUCCGCAAGAACUACUCCAGGAACAAUAUCACUCUCGUCCAGGACCCAGCCACUGCAGCACUACUGAACAAAAGCAAUGGCAUUCAGUUCAAAAAUCUAAGGGGGGGUGGGGACAGCCGUAACAUCUACCAGGAGGUUGGCCCACCCCAGGUCCCUGUGCGCCCAAUGGCCUACACUCCUUGUUUCCAGAGCGACUCUAGGAACAACCUAGACAAGAUUGUCGAUGGGCUAGGCGUGGAGCACCAGGAGAUGACUACUUUUCAUCCUGAGUCACCACGGAUAUUAACUGCCAGGCGUGGAGUGGUCGUGUGCAGUGUGGCUCCCAAUCUCCCGGCUGUCUCCCCAUGUCGCUCGGAUUGUGAUUCCCUCAGGAAAAGUGUCUGGGAUGCAGGAACAGAGAACAAAGGUGUGGAUGAUGCUGAAGAAGUGACCUGUUUUGUGGGAAGCAAUAAAGGCAGCAACUCGGAAGUUCAGUCUCUCAGCUCCUUCCAGUCUGACUCUGGAGAUGAUAAUGCUUCCAUAGUGACUGUCAUUCAGCUUGUCAACAAUGUAGUUGACACUAUAGAAAAUGAAGUGUCAGUUAUGGACCAAGGACAGAACUACAACCGAGCCUAUCAUUGGGACACUUCAGAUUGGAUGCCAGGAGCCCGCCUGUCUGACAUCGAGGAAGUGCCCAACUAUGAGAACACAGAUGGCACAUCAGUGCAUCAGGGGAGCACGAGAGAGCUUGAGUCCGAUUACUACCUGGGUGGCUAUGAUAUCGAUAGUGAAUACCCUCCGCCUCACGAAGAGGAGUUUUUGAGCCAAGACCAGUUGCCCCCUCCCCUACCAGAGGACUACCCGGACCACUUUGAGGCCCUGCCCCCAUCACAGCCAGCCUCGUUGGCCAGCACACUGAGCCCAGACUGCAGGCGAAGGCCCCAAUUCCACCCCAGCCAGUAUCUCCCUCCCCACUCAUUCCCCAAUGAGACAGACAUGGUGGGACCUCCACCUGGACACGAAUUUAGUACUUUUGCUGUGGGUGUGGGGCAGAACAUGGAGAACACAGGUGUGGCAGACAACACAUCCUUAUCCUUGCACAAUUCCAUUGGCGCCUCAUCCUCAGAUGUGUCUGCAAGCUGUGGCUUUGAUGACUCUGAAGUGGCCAUGAGUGACUAUGAAAGUGUUGAGGAGCUCAGUCUCACCAGUCUUCACAUUCCAUUUAUUGAGACUCAGCACCAGACCCAGGUGUAAAGGACACAUACAUCUGGGGAGGUUUGCUCCAUUCUCCAUUUAAACAUGGAAGGUAAUGGGCUGAGUUUCCUCUCUCAAUGGAGAAGGGUCCAUUGAAUGAGGGGAAAAUCCACCAUUUUCCACAAAUAACUUAUUCACAAAUGAUGUUGUCUCAUGCAAACACUUUAAAGUCAAGUUGUGUAAACCAUAUGUCAUGAAAUUUGUUACUGUGAGUCAACAGACAAUCCUUACAGUAUGUACCCAGCAUUCAUGGCCAAGAGUGCACACCAAGUUUUUAAGGGGAUAAAGAACCCCACACACAAGUUCACCCAGUAAGUUAUAUGCAGUCAAUCUUUUCAACUUUGUGCAGUAUUGUGUUAUUGAAGGUGUUAACAGUAUCAAUUCCCACAGUAUUAAUGAACAGAUAAAGUUCAGGCACCAAGGUAUUGGUACGUGAAACUAAUUUAAGCUGAUGGAGAAAAGAAAUAAAAUAGUUAAUAGAAUUGGGGAGGGGGGAGCUAAGCCCUCAAUGGAAAAGAAGAAAGAAUAAAAAUAAAAUCAGUCAAAAGUAGGCAAAAAUAUUAAAAUAAAGUAUGAUUUUCUUUAUGAAGCUGUCUUAAUUGUCAGCUAUAAAAUUAUAGUAAAUGACUUGCAUUUUUUGUAGUCUUCAGAUACUGGUUUAAUUAGGAAAACUUGGAUUAAAAACGAACACAAAAUUGAAAUGAUGGGGUUUGUGGAUCUUUUAAAAAGAUUUCAAUGAACAGUAAUGCAUGAUAGUUUGGGGGUUUUCUGAGUAUCAGGGAGGGAAGGGUAGAACUUAUCUCUUUUUGCUUUUAUUAUUAAACAUUCCCAAACAUGAUUACAAUUUGAGAAUUAUUGUAAUCAUUGAACUUGUUCAUGGAAACCAGUAAAUAGAGUUGACCAGUUUCUGACCAUUGUCCAGGCUAAAAGACGUAUACAGUUCAUAAGUCCACCCCGCCCCCAAAUGUUAUUUUUGCUAUCACAGGUAAAAGGCAAAUAAGUACUUGUUUUUUUAAAAAACUUGAUAGUGUCAUUUCAAUAAAUGGAUUUAAGCUAAAGAAGAGAGACUAGAUGAGUAGAUUCUUGUAAACAAGAUUAUAAUAGUAUGUGUGUUUGGGCCAAUGUAGACAUACGUAUGUGUUUUCUCCCAAGAAGGCAGUCCAUAAGGAAAAUUACUUUUAAGACUUUGCGAACUAUGAACCGUGGCCAACAGUGCAAGCCUUCAGUGUUAGAGACUCACCAAAUGCUCUAUUUUGUGCAAGUUUGGUUCACCUUAUUUGGAUAGUGCCGUGUCUAAUAAUUAAAGGAAAAUUCUGGGUUUUAAAAGUAGCAUUUUGUUAAAAUGACACAAAGAAUCUCAACUGUCUUCAGAAAGUGCUUCAUGUUUCAUUCUAGCCCAGGGUUGGGUCUCAGCCUGACACAUAAGUUUUGGCCUUGGAAAUUUCCUAAAAUGAAUUGGAAAGUCAUUCCACAAGAGCUGGUAUAACAUGGUACAAUAAAAUAUAAAAUUGACAUGUUGAGUUAUUUCCUGCUUCCCCUCAGGCUGAUUAGGGCAAAUGAGAUUUUACACUAAGCAGCCUGAACUGUUUCCAAGGAAGACUGAGAAGUCCAUGACUUCUCCUUCCCCUGGUAAACGAUUAUUUGCACUAUCUGCUUAAUUAGCAAAACUAUUGUGGGUUUGGGGUGUUUUUUUUAACCAGUUAUGGCAUUGGUGUGUGAGCUCUAGAGGACAUAGGCUGGCCAUGGGACACCUAGUCAUGUUUCUUAUCAGCAAUCUUGCCAUUCAUUUCACUUCUCUCCUGGCAUAGCCAGUGUUUCCUGACAGUUUGGCAAGGAAAUACCCUUGUACUUCAGAGCUUCCUGGCUAUGUGGACACACUUCAUGGCCUUUUUAUGUUUUGUGUUGUUUUUUCUCAUCCUUGUUCUUGGUCAGACGUGCUAAAUGAAGGAUGAUCUGUACAUGGUCUUGAAGUCAGGGUUCUGCAAUGGACUGAAAUACAUAGUCAGACUGCAUUCAAACAAAUUCUUUGGCAUUUUUCCUCCUGUGAAGAGUGCAUUUGUAGGAAUCAGCGAGAAAAUGACAAACUAAUGAUCUAGAGAGAAUCUCUGCAACCAUCUUAAUAAUGUAGUGGCAUAAAAAACUGACAAAGUAAAACCAACAGUUCAUUUCUUACCCCACAGGGUAUUUUAGGGCAGGAUUAGUACAGAUGAUUUUCCAUUGCUUACACAGCCUCUUUGCUGAGGGUAAUGCUUGAAUGACAUAGUAAUGAAGGAGCAAAUAGAUCGGAAUGCAGCUGUGAAAUCCAGGGAGCCAGCCUGAUAUCUCUGACCUGCAUUCAGUACAUAUUUCUUAGAUGUAUCUUCUUUUCAGAAGAGCCACAUAGGGAGAUGUCCAUCCCUGGUAGGUUCUAUUUCAUGUCAUGUACCAAAUCAUCAUUUUCAAAUCAGUUGAGAACUGUAUUUGACAUUUCCUCUCGAGAUUUCAUGGAAAAUGAAGGCUUUUCCUGUACAGUGUGAAGUGGUCUGAGAGUAGGACCAAGGUGGAACUCAUGAUAUAGAGAUUGUCUCUGGGCCAGCUUUCUCAUUUUUACUUACAAAUUUGCAUUACUUGACCAGUUAGUGACAGAGCCAGGACUAGAAAUGCAUCUUCUUCCAAACUCCCAAUCCAGGGUUCUUUCUACCAUAUCAUACUUUCUCCAUGAUCCCUAUGACCUUUAAUCUUGACUUUUUUCAUUGAAUCCCUGAAGAAUGGAUCUCUCAGUUCAGAAAGCUGAAUUUGUUGCACAGAAGUUUAUAUUUGCUCGUAGAAUGAGUUUAUGGCUGUAAUUUUAAAUGGAUUCUCAUCUGAUACAUAUCUUAUUGUCACAGAUUCUAUCUCAGUUAAGUGUUGAAAGUAUAUUAUUAGUUCUUCUUAAACCCUGAGACCCUACUAUCUGAAGUUUAUUUUAUUGGCUAGAACACACCCAAAGCAUCAUUUUGGGGAAAAGGCUUAGAAACAUUGGCAUGAGCAUAACAGAACCAGUCAGAGCACUGGCUACAGUCAUUGGCUUCACUGAUACCCAACUACGCCCAAUUCCAUGCAUUUAAUGGCUUGUCAAAUUUUAGUGUUUCCUUGGGCCAUUUUUUUCCUCUUGUCUUUAUAUCCUGAGUACAUUCUGUGCACUGUGUGAAAACGGCAUGUAUCCAGGAUUUUUUUCCACCUAGCUUUCCUUAAUAUACCUCUGUAUUGCCUUCUCUAACCUUUUUUUCUAAAGUAAAAGAGACCAGUCCUUGUCUUCAUUCUUGUUUUUAAAAAGAAAGCUUCUAGUCCCUUCACUGUUGCUAUCUGACCUUCUCUUAUUGACUUAUGAUACUUUGAAAUGCACUUAACAGAACUGAGCACAAGGUAUGUGAUGAAACAUGCCAAAUGGUGUCCUUGAAAUGGCAUUCCCCACUUAGAAGUACCUCAUCCUUUUGAAUAGCAUCUUUGCUUUUCCCCUGAGGGAGCAGACCAAAUUCAAAAGCCCAAAGCAUAUGAGGAAGGUUUACCCUUCUAAGGGCCUACUAUCUCAUGCUGGUCUUAACUGAACUCUGCAGAGGAUUCUGGUAGCCUGGUUCAUGGAGCCCUUUUGUCUUUCUCCAUCAUCUGCCAGCUUCUGAGAAGAAGGCAAAGGGGACCCUUCAACACCAAGAUAAUUCUCCAUGCCAGGCACCAAGACCUAGUGUUCUACAGGCUCUUUGGAUGAGUAGAUACAGACCUCACAGGCUAGAUUCAUUGUUAGUUUACUAAACCUCUCUCUUAGGUGGGUGGAACUGCCUAAAAUGGGCAGUGGUUAUACAUAUGAACAGAUCAGUUUGAGAUCUGAGUGGAACUUGGGGUGGGAAUUUUGUUACUGUUUUUGCUCAAUGUUCAUUUUUUUUCAGAAUGUUCCAUGUAGGGGAAACGUCUUAAGCACCCUCCACAUUUCCUCCCUACCUUUCCAUAAUGUCCCUUGACCAUCAUUUCUCAUAAACUCUGUAGGUAGGCACUUGGCCUACUUUUGCACAUGACCAAGUUGAAGAAUGGUUUGAGUGAGUAUUUGGGCUUAAGCUGCUGCAAAGAGCAGGAACCAUGAAGCAAUAUGGGAUGAAUAAGGACCAGUAUAAGAUGACCAAGGAGGCGUUUUCUUUUUUCUCUUUCCUUCAAGAGUAUAUGCUGCUACUGGGCCCUGACAACCUUCUGUAUGUGUAAAGUCCUGGCUGUCCAUGUGAUACCAUUAGGAGUCCCAGUAAGAUGGACCAAUCUAUCCCUACAAUGGGCCUAUGUAUACUUAAAAAUCCAGCAGAGAAUGAGUAUAACAGCCAGAAAGCGGAAUUCACAAUGCAUUCUCAAGGCAAUAAAAAUCAAGCUAGCCCCAACUGAGGGGGGAAAAUUUUAAAUAUAACAAUUAUAGACACUUACUGAAACUAUAUCUACAUGUUUCAAAUUGAGGCAGUAAAUUAUCUAAAUCUACCCACCCACCCCCCAAAAAUAUUUUAGCUGAAAUAUCAGGUGGUAUCAUCAGUAUUCAUUUUGGGAGGGUUUUUCCAAUAAUUUCUUGACUUCUCCACUUCAUUUUGUUGAUAUUCAAACAAUCUUAAUGCAUGGUAAUUGGCCAAAUGGUUUGGCUUUUAGAAUUGCUGUUACAUAUUUAAUUAGAAGCCCUGAGAAAUUAUGACUUGAGAAUGAUUCCAGAUCACAAUGAUCAUUCUCCACAUUCUAAUAGGAGUUAGCCUCUGAGAUGUCUUGUGCUUCCACUUUCUGCUUGUUUGCUUAUUUAGGGGAGAAGGGGAAGAAUCUGAGGUUUCAAGUCAUCUUAGUGGAUGAGGCAUUCAUUAAUGCUUCAUCAUCUGGCUGGGAGAGAUGGGAAAAGGAAACAAUUCCUUUUUUUUUUUUCUGUAAUAAUGAAAAGCAAUAAUUGCGUAACGCUACACAAAGGCCAUACAUAACUAGUCUUUACCAGUAUUAAGGAUGCACUAGAACUGUAUUGUUAUUAGAGCAAGGUGGGAAUGGUUAAUAUGUAUUGUAGUAUUCUUCUAGAAAGCAAAUACCAGAAUUGCUACUAUUUAACAAUGUAAUGAGCCCAUACUACUGCAUUCGGGGAAGGACAGACGUUAUUUGGAACAUGGAAGCAGUUCUCUUUAAGCACUGUAUUAGAAAGAUUGUCUUGUAAAUUUUACCUGUUGCAAACAGGCUGGUUUGUAAAAGAUGUAUGUUUUGGUGUCUAAAAAAUGUUUAUAAAAAUGUAUAUAACGGUUUCAAAUUUCCAGGCUUUUGUAGAUACUGUAUUUGAUGCCUAUCAGGAUGCUUUAAUUUGGGGGUCAGAUUCUAAAUCAUCGGAGUUGUCAGUCUAUAAACUUUUAAGAUAAUGAGAAAAAAAGUUUUAGAUUUGAAAAUGAUGCUUUUUAAUCAUUUCCAAAAUGUACUGUAACCUUUCUUUGGUUCCGCUGUUUUCAUUUAACUUUUUUCAGUUUUUAAGGAAAUGUUUUUUUAUUGACUUUUUUUUAAAUGAAUGUGUUUUGCACAGAUACUAGGUACAUGAUUUUUAUGCCAUUUCAAGUAUGUAUUAAAAGUAUGUCAUUUCUUCACAUACACAUUAUCUCUCAUACACACAACCUUAUGCAAAAGGGAAAGCUAACACUCUAAGUGGGUCUUGUCCCUUGUAUGAAGAUGAAUUGUUCCUUCAUAUAUUGCUGUUGGCAGUAUUGAGUCUUGUGUUCUUUUCCUAAAAAAUGAAGAAAAAAAGCAACAACUCAAAAAAAAAAAAACCAGCCCAACAGUGUACAGGUUUGUAACUGCCAAAAUUUGAUGGUUAAAAACAAGUUUUCAAGUAAAAAAAAAGACUUUGUGUUGACUUUUUCUUUCUGAUUUGCUGUCUUUUCAUUUGCCUCAUUCUCACAGCUCAGAAGGGAGCCAUUCACAUCUUGCAGGGAAUUGUGGGAAAUGUGAAGUUUAAAAGGGCAGUCUCAGCAUGCUAUCUGGAGACACUGAGAUUUUUACCUAUAGUCUUUCUCCUCAUCUUUUGAAAUUAUUCACAGGGACUCCCA